AUGGCGACCCAACCAAGCACACAUCCCGAACCAACCAGGGACAACGAGUCGAAAGCUUCGACCAUUGCAGAGCCAUCUUUCAAUGACGAUGAUGCCAAGACCGAGAAAAACAGUUCAGAAAAGCUCGAGGAUGGAGGAAAGUCCGUAGAUGAUACAGAGUAUCCGACAGGACUCAAGUUCGCCUGUAUCAUGUCGUCUGCCUUCAUGUGCAUGUUUCUAACUUCCUUGGAUCGCAUGAUUAUCACGACAGCCAUCCCCAAAAUCACCGACGAGUUUCAUUCCGUUACCGACAUAGGCUGGUACGGAUCGGCAUACCUCCUUACCCAGUGCGCUUCUCAACUACUCUUUGGCAAACUCUACACCUUCUUCAGCGUCAAAGGCACGUUCCUCACUUCGCUCUUCCUCUUCGAAGUUGGAUCCGCAAUCUGUGGCGCGGCACCAAACUCGGUCUCGUUCAUUAUUGGAAGAGCCAUCGCUGGACUUGGCGCAGCCGGCAUCCUUAGCGGCGUGGUCGUCAUCAUCGUGCACGCCGUCCCGCUUCGCAAACGGCCCACAUAUCAAGGACUCUUCGGUGCCAUCUUUGGCGUCUCUUCCGUUGUCGGACCUUUGCUUGGAGGUGUCUUCACAUCAAAGGUCACCUGGAGAUGGUGCUUUUACAUCAAUCUCCCCUUGGGAGGCUUGGCAGGUAGCAUCAUUUUCUUGAUCCUUACCAUUCCGGACAGAGAUGCAACGAAGCUUGAUUUAAAGUCUAAGCUGGCACAACUCGACUUCUUUGGUACCGCUCUGCUUAUACCGGGAUCGGUGUCGCUGAUCUUGGCGAUGGAAUGGGGUGGCUCCACGUACGCUUGGAACAACUGGAGAAUCAUCCUUCUGUUGGUGCUCGCGGCCGUACUUCUCGCCGGGUUCGCCCUGGUCCAGGUCUUCAUGCCGAAGACAGCCACACUCCCUAGCAGAAUCUUCAAGCAGCGCAGCAUUCUGGCCGGCGUCUAUGCUACCAUCUGCAACGGAUCGCAGUUGAUGAUAUUCUCCUACUAUCUACCAAUCUGGUUCCAAGCCAUCAAAGGCGUCUCCGCUGUCGAGUCCGGAAUCCGUCUCCUGCCACUCAUGCUGUCGAUGGUAGUGGCCACGCUGAUGACGGGGGCCCUUGUUCGUCGCAUCGGCUACUACACACCAUUCAUGAUUGGAGGUAUCUGCCUAAUGGCUGUCGGCGCAGGGUUGAUCUACACAUUCGAGGUCAACACCGACAGCGGCAAAUGGAUUGGCUAUCAAGUCCUUUACGGCUUCGGCUUGGGCUUGUCAACGCAAGCGCCAAACCUCGCAGCUCAGACAGUCUUGCCGAAGAAGGACGUCCCGGUGGGAAUUUCCCUCAUGUUCUUCGGCCAGCUCAUCGGCGGAGCCAUCUUUCUUGCAGUCGCCCAGAACAUUCUCAACACCCAACUGGUCGAGCGGCUCUCUUCGGUGCCCGGGCUUGAUGCCCAAAAGAUUCUGGACAACGGUGUCACCUCUCUGACGGAUCUUCCCGCCGCCAUUAAGACGACGGCUCUGAUCGCGUACAAUGAGGCGAUUAGACAUGUAUUCUUGGUCGGUCUGGUCCUCGUGUGUCUCGCCAUAUUUGGUGCUUUGGCUUUAGAGUGGAGGAGCGUCAGGCAACCUGAGAACAACAAGAGCGACAGCAAGGCAUAG